CGAGCAGCAGCGCCUAUGGCACACGGCGGGGUGGGUGGCCAGCAACCACGCCCGGCCGCCUUUGUCUCCCCCCAGUGGCGACGUUUGCCGCACACCGCGCCAGGCACUCGCUUGAGGCUGAGUCGACCCAGGAUCGGCUCGGAUAGUCGUCACCGAGCUGGGCGGACACUGGGGCUCAUCAGCACUCUGAUAAUCAUGAAGAGGACGAUUUCCUCAAUGAAACGAAAUAGGUACCUCCAAGAAUCCUCGGCAAUGGCCCUGUCCCCAAAGCUCUCGUCUGCACAACAGCAGAAGCUGCUCCGAGCCCUGAACCUUGCCAACAAGUCCCUACGCCUCCUUUACAAGGGCAGCACAGACGGCUUCAAUACAACGGCGUUCCACACGAAAUGUAACAACAAAGGCCCUACCAUCACCGUUGCGUACAACGCCCAGGGGUACAUUUUCGGGGGCUACGUUUCAGAGACCCUAACGUCUCGGGGAGGCUACAUUGCAGACAACGACUCGUUCGUGUUUCGCUUGGAGGCACCAGGAAACCCAUCCCCCUCUGUGAUUAAACCUACCAAUACAUCACACUCCUUCUAUGAUGCUUCAAACUACGGUCCUACUUUUGGAGGUGGGCACGACCUCAUGUUUCUCCCCAACAACGGUUCCAAUGGCUGCAGUUUCACGGGCAGUCUGGGCCACACGUACAGUGCAACAAACGCCGACAUCUUCGGAAACGACUUGGCUCUGCAGGAGCUGGAGGUGUACACCCUUGACGAGAAACUGCUGGCCGAAAAGCCAUGGAGAAAUGUUUCAUGGACUGAAGAGAAGCGAGAGCAGCUCAUGCGGGACGUGUGCAGCCACACCACACAGGACGCGCGUGUGAAGGCCCCGCGCGUUCUGCUGCUGGGCCAGGUUGGCGCGGGAAAGUCGAGCUUCUUCAACUCCCUCGAUACUGUCUUCGCGGGCCACGUGACCACGCGCGCAGCAGCGGGCAGCAGCGGAUCCAGCCUCACCUCCCGGUUCCGCACAUAUCAGCUGUUUGCCGGGAGAGGAGGCAAGCCAGUGCCUGUGCAGCUAUGCGACACCAUGGGGAUGGAGGAGGGCCCGGGCACCGGCAUAGACCCGGAGGACGUGGUCAGCGUGCUGCAGGGACACGUGCCCGACCGCUACCAGUUCAACCCCGUGGCAUCAAUCGAGCGCAGCUACCCGGGCUACAUACAGGAGCCCGAGCUAGCGCAGCGCGUGCACUGCCUGGUGUUCGUAAUCGACGCGGGCAAGGUGGCCGUCAUGUCGGAGCGCAUGCAGGCCAAGCUGCAGCUCAUUCGCAGCAAGGCCAACAAGAUGGGUAUCCCGCAACUCAUCCUGUUGACCAAAGUGGACGAGGCAUGUCCUCUGGUCGAAGAGGACAUUCAGAACAUCUAUCGUAGCCAAUAUAUCAAGGAGAAGGUGGUGGAGGUGGCGUCGCACCUGGGAAUGCCCGUGUCCUCCGUGCUGCCCAUCAAGAACUACGCCGUGCAGCUGGAGCCCGACACCAGCAGCGACAUUCUGCUGCUCAUGGCUCUGCUGCAGAUGCUGCGCUAUGUGGACGACUUCCUCAUGGAGCUCGUGGAAGCCUGAAAGUGGCUUGGAGAGCCACUCGCAUACAUGGCCUAAAUUUAGUGACCAGGGCGAGAUCGGUUAGUGUUGCCAACUCCUCAAAGUGGAAAGUUUCCAAAUGAAACUCAAACUAUCACCAGAUGUCGCUAAAUCAAACCUCUAAAGUUUUCAAAAUAUUACUAGAUAAUUUACCAAGUAUGGAACAAAGUAAAUUGAUAUAGAGUCCUAUAUACCCGGGAUGUCACUAAAUAUGAAUAUCCUCAUUCAAGAAAGUCAUAAGAUGUCACUUUGACGAUAUUUUUCACAAGGGAAAUGUAAACAUUCACUAAAUAUAGAAACAAAACUGCUGAGCUGGCAAACCGAGAUCGGUCCUUGUCCCCAAAAUCUGCAUGACCUCAUCCCCCUCUGUACCUAAUCCUCUCUGCUUUGGGUCCCCUUAUUUACGUGUUAUUUGUGGUCUAGGGAAUUAAGCGGG